UUUGAAAUGCAGAACAACAGUGCUGUUUGGUUGUACUGCUACAGACUCUCAUACACCAAAAUAUUAAAGGUACCUGUGAAUAUUAACAAACCGACACUCAACAAUGGUCUGCGACUGAGACCGAGAAACACUAACCGCAGAUAAAGACUCCCAACACCUCAGCCUCCUGCCAAACAAAGAAGGGAACGAGAGCAAAGACAAACACCUCAAAGGAAGACAAAGAGAAACCAGUAAUGUUCCAAACAAUUACCCGUCUGCUUUUUGGGGGAGAGGAGGAGACCCCUGAAGAUGUUAAGUCUGGGGAGGCGGUGGAGGAAGGGUGGUUAGUUGUGACUCAUCAAGAGGCAGAUUCAGCAGAGAGCCAGGGAGCAGAGCUGACUGACAACCAGCCAUCAAACACUGUACCUCAUGGAGACAAAGUUGCAAACAUGGAAACCAACAUCAGUGUGUCGGAUCCAGAGCCCACAGGUGAAAGCAGCAGCAGCAGCAGCAGCAGUCGAGCUGUUACAGGCUCUGUUUUUCAGCGUAAAGCUCUGGCAGAAAUGACACAGUUAACCUGCAUCCAGAGGGCGAAGGCCUGGGCAGACCCUCACCGCAUGUCUCGUAACACCAUUCAACGCCAGAACCGUGUUCGCCAAGGAGUCCAACAUCACUACUUCCACCUCCAACAGCCAGGACAUCGUAACCUCAGCCACUGAGGCUGUGAUCGAAACAGGAAAUAUUUACACACCACACAUGGCACUUAAUAAACACAUUCUCUAACGUACACAUGCACACACAUUUUAGUCUUUUGCAGAUUUAAUCUAUACAUGUAAUCUUGAUGUAACUCAUCACAACAACUCUACAACAGGCAGCUACAUUAUAACUCGUAUGAAUUGAACGUAUGAAUUAGGAAUGAAGAUGAUCACCUCAUGAGAUGAAAUGUUUUCUUGUUUGUGUGCAUGUGGAUUUACACGUUGAUGACAGCAGCCUAUGCAAAAUGUAUCCUCAAACAUUUUAGACAAAGUGCUGUAAUUUGUGUAUCAACAUGCAUUUUUUUACCUAUAUGUAACUGGGUUAAAAACCUUUUUAUACGACAAUAAAAAAAAAUUAUG